AUGGCCGGUUGCAUAAAACGUAUACCGAACACGGUGAUAACUAGACAAGAAAGUGAUCAAAAUCAAUCAGUUCAAAUGUUUACAGGAUUAUCAACUUCAUCAUCAGUAUACGAUAAUUAUAAUAUGCAUCGUCGACAUUCAGAAUAUGCACUGAAUAAUUUAACGCAUAAAUAUUCGAAGCAUUAUCGAUCAACAGAGAAAUUUCGUGAACUAGAACCCAAGAGAAAUUUGAGUUAG